UUUGUGUCCUCUCUUCAGGCAGAAGCACUGAAUCAAGAAGUUGCUGCUGACACACAAACCAUCCAGACGUCCAAAACAGAGAUCACAGACCUCAAGAGAACACUGCAGGCCCUGGAGAUUGAGCUGCAGUCCCAGCUUAGCAUGAAAGCGGCGUUGGAGGGCACUCUGGCUGAAACUCAGAACCGCUAUGCCAUGCAGCUGUCGGGUUACCAGAUGCAGAUCAACAGUCUGGAGGAGCAGCUGGUGCAGCUGAGAGCCGACCUGGAAAGACAGGGCCAGGAGUACCAGAUGCUGCUUGACAUCAAGACCAGACUGGAGAUGGAGAUUGCCGAGUACAGGAGGCUGCUGGACGGAGAGGGCGGCCAAGUCAUAAGUGGCGGUGGCGCAUCCUCCUCCAAAUCAACCAAAAUCAUCACCUUUGUAGAGGAGGUGGUGGAUGGGAAGGUGGUGAGCUCCACUGAGACCAUCAGUCAGAACUGAGCUCCAGCAGGGGACGCCUUCACAGAAAUAAACACACAAAUAAAAGUCUGCUGAAGUGCUUCAAAAUUAAA